AAUAAAAUCUAUCGAAUAGUCAUUAUUUAACAAAGUAUUGACUAUAAACUUCAUGUUCUUGUAAUGAAAUUUCGGACUUGAAAAUAAAAUUGCUCUGUUAACCAUUUCUGUUAUUAUGCCUUUCUUCGGAGAAUUUGGAUGUGUUGAAAGAUAAUUCAAAUAUCGUUCGGAAAAAGUAGGCUUAUGAAACCAGUCGAAUUCUAAACUUCUUUUCUCAUUAACAAUGAUUGUCAAAUCUAAAAAAUCAAUUCUGUUCCCACCUACCUCUAUCGUGAACUGUAAUCUCGGAUGCCAAGAAUUAAAAUUUAUAUUUUUUUCAAUUUCGUUAGAUGGUACAGCCAUAACAAUAUCGUCUACAUAUCUGAAAUAAAAUGGGAUGAAAAUAUCUGUCUUCUUCAAUACGCGUCUUCUCAUACCAUUUUGACAAGAUUAUUAGCGUUGACACUGACGACUUACAAAUUUUUGAAGAUUGGAAUCGUCAUAGCGCCAAUCCCUCAUAUAAAAAUUACGAUUGACAAGACCCGAGGCAACCGCAUCCUGCCGCAUGCUACAUGGAUGACGUUCAUCAAAAAACGAGUAGAUAUUCAGCGAUUGGUGCAGUUAUCUACGCCAUUGAAAUGAUACUGAACCUUAUUAAAUGAUAUUGAACUUGUUAUAAUACGUGAUGUUGACAAUGUGAAAUUAUCUUUAUGUGAAAAGAGUUUAUGUAUGAAACUGUCGACUAUACUUUUUAUGUUUGAACUCGUACAAUGUGUCGAACACAUAUA